UAAAACAAACAACAAUUAAAACCUAUGAUAGCAUGAACACUCUAACAAACGCGCAAACGUUUUCGGAAUCCAAAAGUUCAAUUUAGUAUGGAGGUGUUAAGUUAUGGAUGAACAAGUUGUGUACACAAAAUUUAUUGAGAAGGACUACUGUGCACAGACGUCAGAAAUCUAGCGGGCUUAACACAGGGUUCGCAAUCGAAUGGAAUCCAGAACAUAAGUACAGAACUCAAGUUUAAACUAAGAUGGUAUGGUAGAUAUUCAAAACCUCUGUUCUAUUCAAUUACUUCUUAUAAGUAAUGUUCUGUGUAAUAAUGACUUUGCUGCUCUUUGACUUAGCAGAAUUUUUCGCUGACAACUUGAAUCUCGAUGCAUUGCUUCUUUCGGGUUGCUACAUAGUGCGAGAAAUUUGAAGGUUUCAAAAAGUUGUUCUCACAAAUAUGAUGUAACCAUUCAUGCUAUUAAAAAAGAUUCUGAUCUAGAAAAUGAUGUAAAAUUUGCGUUAUUACAGAGACAAACACCUAUUUCAUUCUUCGUUUAGGAUGACGAUAUCCUUAUGCAAGAAAAUAUGCCUGCUACAUAAAAUUGAAAUCACAAAAUUUUUACGAAAAUUUGGAAACUUUCGAAGGUUGUAAUUCGAGGUUCUGCCAACAGCUGCGAACUGAUGAGUUCUUUUUCGGGAUAUGGAAACCGUCUAAUUUUGCCCACAUUUCAUAAAACCAUUAUUUUUAUUGUUAAUUUUUUUCUACAGACCCGAGAGACGAUAUCCCUCUUUUUCUUCUCAGUCAUAACAACGACUGUAGCAGCAACGAACAGCGCCCUCUUCAAGAUAAGAGAAAAUUAUUUUCGUCCCGUAGAAAACACGAUUUGGGAAGGCAAGACAGCUUCUCCGCUGUCGUGUUCACAAAGGUGUGCUAUUCAGCUCGGUUGUAGAAGUGCAAAUUUCCUGGUAAACACAAAAAGGUGUUUACUUUCGGCUGAAAACAAGGAAAGUCUUUCCAGCACGCUGCUUCAUCAAAAAGAUUCUUUUUAUUUAGAAAAGAUCAUCCUAAUAACAAAGAGAUCAAGACCUCGCAUUAAAAGAGGGAGAACAAAAUCCUCCGCUGUCCGCUCUUGUGAGUACCUCUUUGACCAAACUAGUGCACGAUCUCUUCCCCCGCCCUCGGGUGUUUAUUGGGUAGAUCCGGUUGGUGGUUCCCAGUCAAAGGCAUUUCAGGUUUACUGCGACAUGGAGACUGAUGGAGGAGGCUGGACUCUAGUUUGGAGUUAUACGUUUACUAACUACGAUGAUUUUACAAGUAUUACAAACGCUGUGACUCCAAGGCCCAAUUGGCCAGUACACGGUUUCGAUGGUAUAUCAACAACAGCCCCAAUGAAUGAAACAGAUUACAACGCCAUGAGCUUUUCACUCUGGAAGCAACUCGGCAGACAAUUUCUUAUCAAGAGCAACAUAAACAACUGGCUAGUGUGUCAUCCGGGAACUGGCAGCUUGGUUGAUUGGCGGGAAGGCGAUGUCAACUGUCGGAUUGUCAAGCACGUGACAAACACGUGUAAUGACGCUUUGCCGCCUUCAUUUCUGCGAUUUGACAUAGCAAAAGGGGUGACGCUUUGCUCCAAUAAGAACCCUUACUCACACAUCUACUACCGCUUUGACUCCAGCGACAAAAGUGCCUGGCCUGUCCAUGACCCUUGUGGAAAAGAGCGUGACAAUCAUGUAAAAAGUGUCCUUAAUCCACACGGGAACAUUUAUAUUCGUACCUGAU